GACAGUGGAGAGUGAGUCACCGGAAGUCCCACAGUAAACUUCCCUAUGGCGUAAAGCCAUAUACCAGAAGCUCCGACCCUACCACUCCACUCUCCACCCACUAAUGGACGGUCCAAUCCAACCCAACCGGGGCUCAGGCACCGGCGACAAGCGUCUAAAGUACGCCUUUGACGCCGGCUUCUUAUCCGGCGCCCACCCUCCCGACACUCCCGUCACCGUCGACAGUGACAACAGAGACUCCACAAUUCCCCUCGGUUCCACAUCGGAGAGCUGCGACUCCGCCGACGAAUCGAAGCGGCUGGCGGAUCUAGCCGCGAGCUUCCGAGUUUUCUCGGAGUCGCUGGCGAGGAUGGAGCUGGCGGAGAUGGAGAUGCUCAAGGCGAGGGAGGCGUUCCGGCUCGAAGCGGAAAAGCGGCGGCUGGAAUCCGAGGCGGAGAUGACUCAGAUGCUGUUGCAGACUCAGCUGCAGAUCGCAUCGCUCGUCUCGCGGAGUCCGAGCCGGAAACGAAAGCGUGGAGAAGAAGAUGAUCCAUCGAUCUCCGAAAGGGAAGGAGGUCUGCUCCUGAGUUUACUGCAGUGCAACUUGCUCCUCUGAUCUCUUGAGGUUCGAAACAUUUAAGUUUAAACUAUGAAAUGUACCUAUAUUUUGAACACUUAGCCUGCAAUGGCAGUCCAAUUAUUAUCAGAUAUGAUCUCAAACACAUUUCAA